AUGGAUCAACAAAUUAAGAAAGUGUUUCAUACGGCUUUGGUCUUAGUUCCUCCAAAGCAAUGUAUAGAUUAAAUAUAACUCCUAAGGAAACAAUACGAUAAAGCGUACGAAAGAUGGAUGCCUCAUGUCAAUUUGUGUUUUCCAUUUGCAGAUCCUGCUUAAUUUUAAUAAGUUUUCCAAGCACUUUAAAAUCAUCUGAAGGACUUUCCUGCUUUUUAAGUUCGGUUAAGAGAAUUUAAUCAUUUUCAACAUGGCAAAAAUUGUGUAAUGUGGUUAAACCCAGAAUCUGAGAAUGAUGGAAUCUAAAAGUUAUACUAAGAAAUCUUAAAGGUCUAUCCCUAAUUGGAUGAUCUAAAUAAAAAAUCAGAACAUGGGUUUCAACCUCAUAUAACAAUUGGAUAGUUCGGAACAAAUCAGAUUGAAUAGAGAAAAAAAGCAUUCCAACCUUAAUUUUAGGAAGUUCAAUUUCAAUGUUAAGAGAUACACAUGAUUAGUAGGAAUGGGUAAGAUGACCCAUUUUAAAUAAUUCAUACCAUCAAAUUCAAGACUGAGAAUCCAUAAGCUUAUGAAUAUCCAGGUCAAAAAUGA